AUGCCGGAAACGACGAAAGAUAAGGCGGCUUUCGAAGUCAUUGUUUUGGGGCCAAAUGGAGGACCACGUGAGGAUAACGUCACUGGGCUUCUUGUGCGCUCGACGGCCUUGAAUUGGUCCCCUGGUUCAGUUGUUGCCGUUGAUGCAGGAACUCUCCUUGCAGGCAUUAUCCGACUGCUGAACCAAGCUGUCCCGAAGGCGGUGGACCAUAAGAUAGUGAAUGGACCUUUCAGUGGCCUGGAGCUGCCAUUCAAAACCGCAGAGGCAAAUGCAGCCUAUAUCUUCCGAGACAUUAUUGGCGCCGUUCUUAUCACACAUCCCCACCUGGACCAUAUAUCGGGGCUGGCGAUAAACACACCAAUCCUGGAGGCGGGAAACGGGCCGAAGCCCGUGGCAGCUCUGCCCUCAGUUCUAGCCGCUAUCAAGAACCAUAUGUUUAACGAUAUUAUUUGGCCUAAUUUGUCCGAUGAAGAUGGGGGUGCUGGUUUACUCACUUACCAGCGCUUGGUUGAAGGCGGGAAUAGCAGACUUGGUAGUGCAGGGACCCGAGGAUAUGUUCGUGCUUGCAACGGUCUGUUGACCAAAUGCCUGAGCGUCAGUCAUGGCCGAAGCAAGCAACGUUACCACGCUGAAAGCGGCGCACACCAUGGAACUGGAAGUGCUGUGUUUGACCAAUACAUGCUCCAACACCGGGGCUCUUUAGACCAGUCUGAUGGAAGCUCUCCACGUAUCGGGUCUAGCGGCGCAUCGAACGAACCUGCUAUGGCAACCGUUGAGAGUUCCGCUUUCUUCCUCCAAGAUAACAGCACUGGCAAUGAGAUCAUUGUUUUUGGAGACGUCGAGCCGGAUACAGUGGCACUUGAACCCCACAACAGGCUCGUCUGGAAGGCCGCGGCUCCCAAAGUCGCGGCCGGUACAUUGCGCGCUAUCUUCAUUGAAUGCUCGUACAAUGAUAGCAUCGAUGAUGCCUUUCUAUACGGCCACCUCUGCCCACGACACCUGAUCGCUGAAUUGAAAGUCCUGGCUGAUAAGGUCAUGGAUGUGCGCGAUGGAAUAGCUGAACGUAAACCAGAGCCCAACUCCAACAGCACGGAAACGAGCCCGUCAACAAAAAGAGCCCAAAGUGCUACUGGAGCUCGAGUAUCUUUUUCCGACUCUCUUGUGCUAAGCGAAGAAUUGGACCAACCAGACCCAGCCCGCUGGGCCAAAGAGAUCCAUCCACCACUGAAUUGCCUUUCUGUCUACAUUAUUCAUGUCAAGGAGACCCUUUCUGACGGUCCGCCUCCAGGCGAACGCAUUAUUAAGGAGCUCCAGGCUCACAGUAGAGAAGCACAUCUGGGGUGUGAUUUCUUCCUUCCAAGUACGACUGAACCUAUCUGGAUUUGA